UGCCCUUGAGAAGGGGUGGUCAGAGGGGAAACAUGUUCAUGCUCUCUCUCCUGAGCCGGGGACACGGGAAGUUGGUCCAGGACAAACAGAAGCUAGAAGUCUAUUUUGAACCAGAGGAUUACUUGAACUGGAAGUCCCCAGAAGACUAUGUCCUGGUCAGCAAGUCUCAGAAUGAAAACAAUGCCAACCAGCAUUCCUGGAGCCUCCUUCUUCCUAAAACUUUCAGCACUAGAAAGGGUGCCCUCAUCCUCUACUCAGAAGGUUUAGCCAUAUCAGCAUGGACACCUGAAGAAAGGAGAAAAGGACCCCACUGCCCCAGAGAUCACAGGAAGAGGCUGGGUCUUGAACUGCGUACACUUCAAGACCUCAAAGAAGCCAUCCUGGCAUAUGGAAGGAAACAGAGGGAGCAGGACAGAGCAUGGCAACCAUACCUCUACUUCCGAGGCCAGCAGGAGAGCCAGCCUGGGUAUUCAGCCAGGAGAUACCUCCAAGGCCUCCUGUGGACAUGGCCCCCUGACACCACGUACAGACUCCAUUGUGCAGGAUACAUCAAGGGUAUCCUGCUCCAGGACAGUCAACUUAAUGUACCAAAGAAUCUCAGGCCACAACAGGAUCUUCCCCAAAAAUACCAUCUCCUGCCUGUCUUCCCUCCAUUUUGGAUUCAACAAGGAAAAUCUUUCUAACAAGGUCAACAGGGUUUGGAUGAAUGGGAAUCUGGGGAUGGGGGCUACAUGGACCAGGGCUCUGUAGCCAAGAACCAUGGAAGUCAGGGGACUCACUUGCCACCACUCGGGAAGCAGCACUGGCAGGAAGAUGAAACCCAUGCAGAGGACACAUCAGUAGGGGAUCAUGUUCGUACGUACGCUUCAAAGAAAGGCCACAAUGAGAAGACACAGCAGACCUCCAAGAAGGCCUUUGAGCAUGCCUGCAUCGAUCAUUCUUGGCUCCUGAGUGACAAAUCCCACAUUACAUUCUACGGAGGUGCCUUCCCCAAUAGGAAGGCAGAUCUCAGCGACAAACGAGGGUAUAUGAAAUCCCACAAGGCCAGAUGCAGCCACUUGUUACAGGAGCCACCUGCUGAAAGAUGCCUUUUCCCUCCUGUAGGACCUGCCACUGGCUUGGAAAAAAACACCACGGGGGAGACAAAGAAGAAAAAGGCACCGAAGGCUUUGAAAUUACCUCCUAUCUCUGAAGAACCACCCAGAGUCCUGGACCCCCUGAACAGCCAAUUUAAGGCCACUGAACCCCCAACAGAGCUCUUCAUCUUCCCAAUGGAGCUUCAUUUCCACACCCAACUCCCACCAAAAGAAAAAGCCCAAAAAAGAAGAGGUGCGCCAUACCCUGAGUCAGAACCAGCAACAGAAGAGGCUACGCCUUCAUGGAGGCCUCCCCCGAAACACGUGUCCUUAGAAAGGCCAAGGGGGUUAACGGUGUAUCUCCCAGUGGACACGGGCAGGGACACACUCUCACCUCAAGAUGGUGCUGCCCCUCCCCAGAAUGUGGUCCCACCACGGGGUCUUCCACCCCUAAUUAAAGGAAGAAAAAGUCCAGAGAGCCAGAGGAGCUUGGACAGCCCCAGGACAUCAGGCCGCAGCAGCCCUGCAGGUCCCCUGAAUGUGAGACCGCCCAGGAGGGCACUGCCAGCAGGACAAGAGGAUUCCAGAGACCUCACACCAGGACACAUCUUGCUGAGUCCACAUGGAGAAAAAGUUAGCCUGUCCCUCCCAGGGCCUACACAAACUGAGGAGCUUCCAUACAGUGAAGCCUAUGAAUCUGUCAAUUCAAAUAUCAGCCAUGAAGAGAAAGGGGCUAGUAUUCAGCAUCUCCUAAAAGCAAACGCUGAGUCCAGAACCACUCUUCACAUGAGUCUUUAUGAAACCUCACCUCUGACCCAAACAACAGAGAAGCAG